AUGUCAAGAUUGAUAGUCAAGGGUUUACCCCGAUAUUUUACAGAGGAGAACUUGAGACAGCAUUUUGGGAAGCAAGGGGAUAUUACGGAUGUUAAGCUAAUCAAGGCCAAGACCGGAGAAUCGAGGAGGUUUGCGUUUAUAGGGUAUAAUUGUCAAGAAUCAGCUGAGAAUGCAGUGAAAUUUUUUAACAAGUCAUUUAUUGACACGGCAAGAAUUGAGGUGGAGAUUGCAAAGACAUUUGCAGAUCCCAAUGUUCCGAUAUCAUUUAGGGAAAAGAGGAAAAAGGAUACCGAGAGGUUAAAGAGACAGGAGGAGGAGUUGUUGAAGAAGAUGCAGGUUGAAAAUAAACGAGUCAAACGAAAAUCUGCGCUUGAAGAAGAGAUGGAGAAUGAUCCAAAGUUUAAGGAAUAUAUGGAAGUUAUGAAACCUUCAAGUCAGGUUAAAUCUUGGGCUAAUGAUUCUAUAGCAGACGGUAGCGGCGGCCCUUCUUCAAAGGAGCUAGAAAAUGCCCUAAAAGGUGAAGAGAGUAUUGAUAAUGAUAUUGAUAUUGAUAGUGGCAGGACAAGAACAGAUAAACAAAAAAAGAUGGUGGUAACGGGGCAAGUUCAGCCAAAGGUAAAGCUGGAUGAGGAGAGCGAUGACGAGUAUAAUGACUUUGGUCACACCAAAAAAGGCGAGAAUGAGGAGGAAAAAGAAGAAGAAGAAGAAGAAAUGAUGGUCUUGGACGGUUCUGAUAAUCUAGCAAGGGACGAAAAAGUAUCAGAUAUUGAAUGGCUCAGAUCUCGUAAGGUGAGAAUUAAAGAGAAUGGCGAACUACCAAUUUUAGAGAAGGAGCAAGAUACAAAGGGAAAAGAGGAAACAGUGGAAGAGGAAUCAUUGCAAGAGGUGGAAAACGAGGACAACUCUAAUUUGAUUUUGGAAAAACUUCAAGACACAGGGAGACUAUUUAUCAGAAACAUACUGUACAAUGCAACAGAAGACGAUUUUAGAAAUUUGUUCCAAACCUAUGGCCCACUUGAAGAAGUACACAUUGCUAUUGACACUAGAACUGGCAAAUCCAAAGGUUUUGUAUAUAUUCAAUUUGUCAAUUCACAAGAUGCCGUGCGGGCAUACGAAGCUUUGGAUAAACAGAUUUUUCAAGGCAGAUUGCUUCAUAUUCUUGCAUCUGAUAAGAAAAAAAGCCACAGGUUGGAUGAAUUCGAUUUGAAAAAUUUGCCUUUAAAGAAACAGCGAGAAUUGAAGAAGAAAUCACUGGCUGCAAAGAGCCAGUUUAGUUGGAACUCUCUCUAUAUGAAUAAUGAUGCUGUGAUGGAGUCUAUGGCUGCAAAGUUAGGUAUCAAAAAAUCUCAGUUGAUUGAUCCCGAGAAUUCCAGCUCUGCAGUAAAACAAGCGCUUGCAGAGGCUCAUGUUAUUGGAGAUGUCAGAAAGUUUUUCAAAGAAAAAGGAGUUGAUUUAGCGAGCUUUGAUAAAAAGGAAAGGGACGACAAGAUUAUUUUGAUAAAGAAUUUCACAUUUGGCACUAGUGCUGAAGAGUUGGGUGAGCUAUUCUCGCAAUACGGCCCAGUGAAAAGAUUGCUUAUGCCUCCUGCUGGUACAAUUGCAAUUGUUGAGUUUAAAGAUGCCCCAAGUGCUAGAGCAGCAUUUACAAAAUUAGCUUACAAAAGAUUCAAUUCUAGUAUAUUAUACUUGGAAAAAGGUCCUAAAGAUUUGUUUACAAGAGAGCCAAACUCUUCCUUUUCCGACGAGAUUGUUAAUGCUGGUAAAGAAAAGCAAGAAGAGCCUGUGGAAACCAUAACUGCUAAGGAUGUUCUUGGAGGAGAUAUAGAACAGGAGAAGGGAGAGGAUGAGUUUUUGCAAGGACCAACUGUUUCCAUAUUUGUAAAGAAUCUCAACUUUUCCACAACUAUUCAACAAUUAUCGGACCUUUUCAAGCCAUUGCCUGGGUUUGUAAUGGCCACGGUAAAGACCAAACCCGACCCAAAGAGAUUGGGCCAAGUAUUAAGCAUGGGAUUUGGUUUUGCCGAAUUCAAGUCGCAAGAAGAAGCCAGUGCUGCGAUAUCCACUCUAGAUGGAUACGUGCUAGAUGGUCACAAACUUCAAUUGAAAUUAUCACACAAGCAAGCAAAUAGCAAAACAGCUUCUUCUUCUUCUUCAUCUUCCAAGUCGAACAAAUCGAGUAAAAUCAUUAUCAAGAAUUUACCAUUUGAAGCUUCUCGAAAGGAUAUCUUGGAACUUUUUGGCGCUUUUGGUCAAUUAAAAUCGGUGCGUGUACCCAAAAAAUUCGAUCAAAGUGCUAGAGGUUUUGCUUUUGUCGAAUUUAAUUUGUUGAAAGAAGCAGAAAAUGCAAUGUCACAAUUGGAAGGUGUCCAUUUACUCGGUAGAAGGUUGGUUAUGCAAUUUGCUGAAAGAGAUGCUGAUAACGCCGAAGAUGAAAUAGAGAGAAUGACUAGGAAAGUGAAGAAACAAGUUGGAACGCAAAAGAUGGCCGAAGCUAGACUAGCUGGAAAGUCAAAAAUCGACCUCGAAGAAAAGGAUCAAGAUGAAGAUGGUUUAUAG